UCGUGGCGGUUGCCAUUUGUCGGAUUCUGAACUCCACCCGCUCCAAAACUAGGGCAAGCUUCCUUCUCUUACUCUCUCUCUCUCAAGCGAAGUAGGCGGAGUUCUUUCAAGAAUUUCUUGAUUUAUUCUUCUUCGUUGCCACUACAAACGUUUUAGUCCUUCGGUAAUCGCAAUGUCCACUACCACCCUUUUCACUGCCAACUCAUUUCAAACCAGAAUCAAAACCCCAGCAAUUUCCUCCAAGCUGGUGAAGCGCCCAGCUUCCCUUUCCUUCACCAAAUCCAUUUCAAAAACAUCCAGACUCAAUACUGAAUCAAACGGCUUCAAAGCUACUGCCAUGGCAGUCUACAAGGUUAAGCUCAUUGGACCAGAUGGCCAAGAAAACGAGUUUGAAGCUCCUGACGAUUCUUACAUUCUGGACUCCGCCGAAAACGUCGGAAUUGAUCUUCCUUACUCCUGCAGAGCUGGGGCUUGUUCGACUUGCGCCGGCCUCUUGGUUUCAGGCAAUGUAGACCAGUCUGAUGGUUCCUUUCUCGACGAAUCUCAAAUGGCUAAUGGAUAUGUCUUGACUUGUGUCUCUUAUCCCAAAUCUGACUGUGUUAUCCAUACUCAUAAGGAAGGGGAGCUUUACUAAAUGAGAAAUUGAUGCAGCAUCUGGAAGGUUCAGAGUUAGUUUCUGAUAGUUUCAAAUGAAAAUGUACUUCACUUGUUUCUGCUUGUCUUUGAUAAUGGCUGCCAUUUGUGCUGUUUCAGGGCUGUUUAUUUGAUAAAUGUUGGUUACUGUUUGUGUUCCAAUGUAAGGAUUUUAUAGACUGGUUUGAUGACCAAGCUGUGUGCUGAGUAAUGAUGCUUUUUUUUGGGAUAUCUGAGCCAAUUAAGACA